AGUUUGUUGACCGUAUUUAAAACCUCGGGUCCAGUGCAACAUCGCUCAUCGCCAAGUUUCAUUUGGACUCGGAUAGUUCUUUGCCAAGGAAAUAAAGCAACCAAAAAUAAUCAUGUUCACUAAAGGACUAGUUUUGCUUUGCGUGUUCGCUGUGACACAAGCCAUGUUCUUCCCACCACAACCAAAAUUCCAUGGCAAGAAAUUUCCAAUGAAGAGACCAAUUGUCCAAAAGAAAUAUGUACCAAUCAUAAAGAGAGUUCCAGUUCCAAAAAGAGUUGUUGUCCCGGUUUACAUUGAAAGAAAAGUCGAGGUGCCAGUUUACGUUGAUAGAGAAGUACCAGUGUACGCCGGAGCAGGUGCAGGUGCCGGGGCUUUCGCAGGUGCUGGUGCUAUUGCAGGAGCUGGGGCCGGUGCUAGAGCCGGUGCUAUCGAUGUUGCACUCCACUCCUCUGUCAGCGAUGCCGACAAUGUAAAUAUUAAUAUCGAUGGGUUUGGCGGUAUUACUGCCGUAGGUGCCGCUGCUGGUGCUGGGGCCGUAGCUGGUGCAGGUGCCGCUGCUGGAGCCGGAGCUUUCGGGGAAUUCGACAAUGGUUUUGACAACGGACAUGAAAAUGGAUUCAACAACAAUGGAGGGUUCAUCGAGUCUGGAAUUCAGGGUUCACUUGUAGGAGGUCAUGAUCUCGGCGGUUCUCAACUCCCAGCUCAAACAGGACCAAUUCAAGCUCCAUUUCAGCAUCAUGGAAAGUCACAGACCGGUCAUAAGACAGGAGGGCAUUUUCCAGAAAUCUCCCAUGCCCAGGAUAUUGUCCACUUUUAGACAAAAGAUUUUUGAAUGACAGUUUAUUUCAGUGUUUUCCUUAGUGUAAUCGUACAACAUUUUCAUUUUAGAUUAAAAUGCAUGAAUUAGAUAUAGAUGCUUUAUGCGUAGUCAUUGCAACUAACAUAAUUGAUGUGCAAACUUCCUGAGACAUUUAACUUACAUUCUUGUGUAUUUAUUUUAAGAAAUAACUUCAUAAUCAUUUUUUUUAUUGCAUUUCCAAUUUUUAUUGAGAAACGCAUACAUUUGCUUAAGAGUUACCAUAGGUUUUAGAAAUGUGGAUUUUUUAGUACUCAUGCAUAAAGUAAAAUUGUUGAUAUUAAACAUAGAAAACAAAUGUAAUAACCAGUCAUUGAUCUCAUUCAUUUUUCCUAUUUAUUUCAUUAUUACUCAUCGUAAAAAAGAUAUAUACUGUAUACCUGUGAAUCAUGUAUGAAUCAGAUGAAUGGUUGUUCUGUCAUGUAGAUGACAAGAAAAAUAAAUUUUAUCAAAUCUUAA